CCCGACACUAGGAUAGGUUCCUCGCAACCGGAAAAGGCAGGAGUUAAGAGACGUCAUGCGCUUCUGCGGAAGAGGACGACACUCUCAUUGGCUGCGGGUCGUCUGUCUGUAGGAGCGGGCCUUUUGGAGGAGACCGGAAGUGGAGCGAAUGAGAGGUGACCAGAAAUGGAAAGAAAAGUAAGCAGAAUUUGUUUUGCUUCUGAACCAGAUAUAAUUCAUUUUCUACAAAUUGCUUGGGAGAGAACGUUAGCAUCUGGUUUUGUUAUUACACUUACUGAUGGUCAGUCAGCAUGGACCGGAACAGUUUCUGAAUCAGAGAUUUCUCAAGAAGCUGAUGACAUGGCAAUGGAAAAAGAGAAAUAUGUUGAUGAACUGAGGAAAGUAUUGAUAUCAGGAGGAGGACCAGCUGAUGCAUACAAGUUUGAUUUUUCUAAAGAGUCUUGUCAUUUCUCCUUUGAGAAAAACCUGAAAGAUGUUUCAUUUAGACUUGGUUCCUUCAAUCUAGAGAGAGUUGCAAGUCCAGCUGAGGUCAUUAGGAAACUUAUUUGUGAUUGCCUGGACACCAUUGCGGAAAACCAAGCCAAAAAUGAGCACCUGCAGAAGGAAAAUGAAAGGCUUCUGAGAGAUUGGAAUGAUAUUCAAGGACGAUUUGAAAAAUGUGUGAGUGCUAAGGAAGCUUUGGAGACUGAUCUUUAUAAGCGGUUUAUUCUAGUGCUGAAUGAGAAGAAAGCAAAGAUCAGAAGCUUGCAUAAAUUGUUAAAUGAAGUUCAAGAACCAGAAAGGAACAUUCAGCGUGAAAGGGAAGCCACAACAUGUUCUGAAAUGACUGCUGAUAGAGAUGCAGUCUACGAUGAAAGUACUGAUGAAGAAAGUGAGAACCUGCCUGAUCCCUCUGUGUUAGCUCCAGCUACUUCUAGAGAUGAUUCCAUCAUUUCAAGUCCUGAUGUCACCGAUAUUGCACCAAGUAGAAAGAGGAGGCAGCGGAUGCAAAAAAAUCUUGGAACAGAACCUAAAAUGGCUUCUCAGGUGACUCAGCCUCAAGAAAAGGAAAAGCUUGAUCCUCCACAACCUGAGAAGUUGAAAAAGGAGCACAGCUCAACUGAAAACAUGUCUUUAGAAACUCUAAGAAACAGUAGUUCAGAAGACCUCUUUGAUGAGAUUUAACUGUCUCAAAAGAGCUACCAUUCCAUUCUUGGCCCAUAAUUCACAAACUAGAGAAAUGUGCCCAUCAAGAACAAACUCACUACUAGUUGCGCUCAGAAAUGUUACCCCAGAGUGCCAAGGUAAGAACAAAAAUCUAAAUAGGAUAAAACUAAGUAAAUUGAUCCCGUAUAACUGCAACUUAAGAAAAAUAGUCAUUGAGAUGGUCUUUCUGAUGGCCUCAGUGCUUGAGACUAUAUCAACAGAUUUACUGGGUGUCCUCCCUCAGUUCUCAGAACUAUAAAACAACUUUACACUUUUCUAGAAGGAGCUUCAAAGAGUAAUUGAAUGAAACCCCGUAGACAGAUCACUCCUCAGCUUAUGCCCUCUGUUGCUGUUGGUGAUGUGUCUUCAUCCCAUGACUUGGAACUAACUAUGGCAUCUUUGAUGAUUUUUCUAAAUAGGCCCACUAAUUCUCACCGUGAGUUGACUUAUACAUAGGUGAUUAUUCUACAUCAUGAAUGAACCAUUCUAGAUUUAGAAUGUGUCUAAAUCUUCAAAUCACAGUCUUAAUUAAACUGUGCUAUAGAUACAUUUCUUAUCCUGUCUUUUUUUUAACGUAAUUUAUUGUCCAGUUGGCUUACAUACAACACCCAGUGCUCAUCCCAACAAGUGCCCUCCUCAAUGACCACCACCCAUUUUCCUCUCUCCCCCACUCACCCUCAGUUUGUUCUCUAUAUUUAAGAGUCUCUUGUGGUUUGCCUCCCUCCCUGUAAUCCUGUCUUGAAACCCGCUCCAGUAGCCAUCAUGUCCACCACUCCACCGAAGAGUUCUUAUCAAGUCACAAAGGAUCUUCAAGUUGCUAAAGUCAUUGGUCAUUUCUAGCCUCAUCUUAGUCACACUGAAACACUGAUAACUUAACAUACUUGAUCUCUGAUUCAUUGUUGUCUCUUGGUUAUCUUCCUCUUCUACUGGCUAUUCCUUCUUUAUGACUUUUUUGCUUCCUCCUAAUUUUCUCAGUCUCUAUAAAGGGAUCUGUACUCAGAUCUCUUUUCUUUACAUUAUUGGCUAAGUGGUCUCAUUUAGUCCAUGACUUUAAGUAACUUUACAUGAUGAAGAAUGCCAACUGCCUCCUGGCCUCUCUUCUUGGAUGUACAAAUGACAUGGUAACUCUAACAUUAAAUUCUUUAUUGUGUCUUCAAACAUACUUAUUUACCAGCCUUUUCCAUUUCAUAAAUAACAAUUCUAUUCAACCAGUUGCCCAGGCAAAAACUUUUGGAGACAUCCUUGAUUCAUCCAUUUCUCUCUAAUCUCCAAUUGUAAUCUAUAGUCCAUAAUCUCUAAUCUCUAAUUAUAACGUACUAGCGAUCUGCUCCCAGCUCCAUUUCUGUGGCUUUACCUCCAGCCCUCCCCCCGCCUUUUUUUUUUUUUUUUUUUGCCCUAUCCCUUUUCCAGCCACAGUCAUGUCAGUACGGUGCCUUGAAUGUGCUAUUUCUCUGGCUAGAAUGCUCUUCCCUUCAGAUUAGCUACAUAGUCACUCCCUUACUUUUUUCAUGUUUCUAUUCAGAUUCCAUGUUAUUGGGGAGGCCUUCCCUGACCAUCCUAUGUAAAAUAGCACCCUUCUAGCAUUACCUGCCACACCAUUGUUUCUCUUGCUCUCAUUCAUCAUUUUCCACAUCAGUUUCAGACCUGGCAUAUUAUAUGUGUUCAUUUGUUUGUUGUCUGUCUCCCCUCACCCUACUACAAACACCAUUAGAAGAGGGACUUAGUCUCUUUUGUACUCUCCUAUAAUCUCCUUUGCCUAGAGUGCUGCUUUGUGCACAUAGAUACUUAAUAGAUUUUUCUGGGUUAAUGAUUUAAAUUUUUAUCACAGUAACUAUAAGAGCAAUAAGGCAUGGGAAGUUUUGUUGAUUAGGCCCACUGACUUGUUACUAGAACAAACCCUCUACUGAAUCUGACAUGAAAGCUUGGUCUAAAUUAUAUCAGACUCUCUUAGCAUUUAUAGUGUUCAAGAGUUUACAUUUCUAUGUACAAAUCAUAUGUCCAAGUCCCAACAAUAUUAAGGCUCAAAAUGAGAUCAUAUUAAUUUUACUAUUUUUUUCUGAGUUUUGUUUAUUUAUUUUUGACAAACUUUGUGUAUAUUGAAGGUGUACAGUAUAAUGUGUUUUUUUUAUAAUACAUUGUUUGAUAUAUGUGUGUAUACUGUGAAAUGAUCACCACAAUCAAACUAACCAACUUAUUUAUCACCUCCCAUAGUUAGACUCUUUUGUGUGUGUAUGGUGAGGACAUUUAAGAUCUACGCUCUUAGCAAAUUUCAGGUCUACAAAACAUUACUGAUACAGUCCCCAUGCUGUAUGUUGGAUCUCUAGAACUCCUUCAUCUUGUAAUUGAAAGUUUGUGACCUUUGAUCAGUAUUUCCCCUUUUCCUCCAUCCCUCUGCUUCUGAUAACCAUUAUUCCACUCUGUGUUACUAUAAGUUUGACUUUUUUUUUUUAAGAUUGAACAUUUAAUUGAAAUCAUAUGAUAUUUAUCUUUCUGUAUCUGGCUUAUUUUACUUAACAUAAUGUACUCCAGUUUCAUACAUAUUAUUGCAUAUGGCAGGAUUUCCUUCUUUUUAAAGGCUGAAUAAUAGUCCAUUGUGUAUUUAUACCACAUUUUGGUUAUUCAUUCAACUCAUUUCUCUAUCUUGGCUGCUGUGAAUAAUAAUGCUGCAAUGAACUAAUUUUUGACAAAGGAACCAAGAAUACUCCAUAAGAAAAGGAUAGUCUCUUCAAUAAAUGGUCUUAGAAAACCUGGAUUGCCACAUGCAAAACAAUGAAAUGGGAUACUUUGUCUUACACCAUACCUAAAAAUCAACUCAACAUGAAUUAAAGACUUAAAUGUAAGCCCUAAAACCAUAAAACUCCUAGAAGAAAACAUAAGGGUCAGCUCCUUGACAUUGGUCUUGGAAAUGAUUUUUUGGAAUUGAUACCAAAGCAGAGGCAACAAAAGCAAAAAUAAAUAAAUGAGACUACAGUAAAAUUUGAAAGUUCCUGCACAACAAAGGAAACCAUCAACAACAUACGAAGGCAACCUAUGGAAUGGGAGAAAAUAUUUGCAAAUCACAUAUCUAACAAGGAAUUAAUAUCCAAGAUAUAUAAGAAUUUUAUACACCUCAAUACCAGAACAACAAAUAACUCGAUUUUAAAAUGUGAAAAGGACCUGAAUAGACAUUUUUUCAAGAAGACAUGCAAAUGCUCAACAAGUGUAUGAAGAGGUAGUUGACAUCACUAAUCAUCAGAAAAAAUGAAAAUCAAAACCAUAAUGAGAUAUCACCUCAUACUUCUUAGAUUGGCUACCACCAAAAAGUCCAAAGAUAAUAGGCUUUGGUGAGGAUGUGGAGAAAAGGAAACUUUUGCACACUGUUGGUGAGAAUGUCCAUUAUGGAAAAUAAUGUGGAAGUUCCUCAAAAAAUUAUAAAUAGAACUACCAUGUGAUCCAGCUAUCCCACUUCUGGGUAUAUAUUGAAAGGAAAAGAAAUCAUUAUUCUGAAAAGAUAUUUACACUCGCAUGUUUUUAUUAACUUUAUAUAUCCAAAACAAAGACCUGAGUCUUCACUCCA